UGGGGAGUCAUGAGGGGUGUUCUCUCUGUGUCGCUGUCUCGAGGCGAUUCUUGGGACGCUCGGCUCGGUACCAAGGCCUGAGGCAAGGGAUACUGCAUUUGUAUGCCAUGCCUUAAAUAGAGUGUCGGCAUUGUUUCUCAUUUGCCUUCUCUCUUUUUCCGUCUCCGCUAUCAUGUUGUACGCUUUGACGAUGUCAUUAGACUUCUUUUAUUGAGAAGCAGAGGUUUAACCUGGUUAUGAACUUUUUGUAUUUAAGAUUGGCUGUAUUUAUUUAGUAUUUUUACAAGUUUUUGACGUUAGCUGUUUUGAUUUAGGGGGUUUGAUUUAGUGAUUGUGUGGUUUUACAGUGAGAGCGUGGUAUCAAGGGAUACCUUGAUCGUGGUUGGAUUGCAUGAUUUCCUUUGUAUCAUGUCACUCUUACGGUACAUCACGCAAGCUUGUGUCACGCAACAUGGCCAUGUGUUUAGCCUGCCGAGACGCGGUUGUUGCUGGGAUACAAAAUGGCGAAGAAAUUAUCAGCGGCCGAGAAAGUUUGCCUUUAGAUUUUAAGCUGUGAAAACAAAACUCACCUGAAUAGGGCAAGGCAAAUACCUUCAUGACAGGUAGAUGGCGAACGACGGUUCCAAGUAUUGUGAAGAUUAUCUAUUAAGGAAGGAAGGUCGUAGUAAGUGGAUGCAGUAUUGGGUCGUAAUCCGAGGGGUAUGGAUGCUAUUUUACAGGGAUCGAGCAACAACUAACCGUGAUAACUUUAGAGGAUCCAUCGAGUUAACAUCGAGCACGAAGUGUAACAUAGCCAGGAGAGGAAACUACAGCUUUCCGUUUUAUGUCAGCACUGACCGAGGCACUCAUCUGUUUAAGUGCGAGACAAAUUUGAAGCGGCAUCAAUGGAUGUACCUUAUCGAGUUGGCAGUGAAGGGCGAUGCGCCGGCUGCUCCUCCACUGGCCAUUUCUUCUUCAUAUUCGCGCGCAACUCCAGAGCAAAAGCCACGCGACUCCCAGCUAAAUCACAUAGAAGCAGAUCAACUGGAUUCCGAAUCGGAUGAAGACGAUCUCUCUAUUCCACCUGGAGUGAUUCUUGUCACAACUCCCAUAGAAGACUUGUCACGCAAAGCCGAUAACCCAGACGAACGCACUAGCAUAAUAGACCGAAAACCAAGUUCAAACCCAGAUCCGGUAGAACAUAAUUUCAGCAGGGCGGUGCUUUCAACAGGCAUUACUGGGAGAACGAGUGUUGCUCGUGAGCCUGGUCUGACUCACUCACCGAAGAAACUUUCUGUCAAAACACCAGCUCCUAAACUUACUCGUCCACCUCUAUCUUCAAAAGGUCCGUUACCGAGCCCGCAGAAGUUACCUCAUAGCGGACUUAGUCCUCAAUCUACGUUUUCAUGGGAUCGAGGCAGUCCAGACCGGCCCAGCAGUAGCCCUAGUCUUACUGACAAUCGAAAGUUCUCUGCUCAGCAGGUUGCAUCGCAAAGUUCUCCGCGAAGUAACACCCGGUUUUCAAGGCACAUGGCGAGAUCUGCACCUGACAUACAAAUUUUAUCACUAGACGACCCUAACUAAAACAGUGAUAAUAAGAUUUUCGUUUCUUUGUUAAGUCUAGGGUGACUGAAUUUAUUUUUUACACUCGCUGCCCAAAAAUUUAUUUUUACGACUUUUGAACUGAUUGUAGAAGUUUCAGCAUUGUUUCUUUGCUAAGUAUAAAGCUUUCGCUACACAAAAAUAAGGCCCGUUGGUCAACAUUUUAAAUAAAAAAUAAAACUAUUAUUUGUUCUACGAGAACAGUGGGAAACGCAACGCUACGUUUUUCGUCACGCAAAAGCGCUGUCUUCUAAUAGUGUAGCGUAGCGUUGUGUGACUAAGAUAAAGCCCGAACUGGAUUAAGACUAGUUGCAAUUUAAAUUGUUGUUCCAGGCAAAACACGGCUUAAGAUAGAUAAAGAUAAGUGCUUAAGAAUUAACAUUCAAUCAUGAGUUGAGUCACGCAACGAUAUUGAUCGUUACAAGAGAGUUCGUUGCUACAGCGGGUAGGUAACUCGUUAAGUUAUCUAUUGAGUGUCACACCUGUUGUGUAAGUUAAAAUUGUUGCAUAAAUUUUAAAAGCGUAAAAAUUUAAAAUAUACAUAUAUUUAUUAGAGAAUGAAAUGCUCCGUUUUGAGUACCUUUGCAGUAUAGCAAAUUGCCCUAUGGCCAAAACAUUUUCGGAAGAAAUUGCCGAGUAUUCCCAGCUUGGAAACAAAAAAUCUGUUGUGCUUGAAGAGCAUCGUUCUUUUAAAUGCUUGGACGCAAAUUUGUGUUGUAAAAUGACUUAUUAAGUAUUAGCUCUUUGUUAUAUGAGCUGUGUGAAUUUUUAAAACACUAAAUUAAAGUGUUAUCUGUGUUAUUUGUUGUUGUUGUUGUUUCAUGGCAAUAAAAUUGCAUGAUGUCAA